GCGUCGCUUCCUUUUCAUCCUCAUCCCCCAAUCCGACGCCGGCGACGGCGGAGGGGAGCAAUGCGGUGCGACCUCGCCGUGUGUAUGUGUCCCUCCGCCAAGCGUGCGACACCGGCGUCGGGCGCACGCGACCGCGAGCUUCUCCGGCGGCAGAACUGAAAAUCAGAUGAAGUACCACCUGUUAUUCCCUCGGCGCACGGAAAAGCGACGUCGAGGAAAGGAUCUGGGGAGAACAGUCAAGCGAGAGGAUAAACGAGAGAAAUGAGUGGAUGGGAGGGAUGGCUCCUGUAUAUCUAUGUGGACCGCUCAAUUUGGUUCACAUGGUUUGGAUGCAUGCACCUGGAUUUCUGGUUUCGAGCCAAAUUAACCAGACCCAGUCAUAUUUCUGUGGAACAGCUGCUAGGUUGACCCAGACCCAGCGUCUUCUUGCCCCUCUGGCGUGCCCACUUGGAUGCUAAUUUUCUGAGAAAUUUCCUACACAUCUUCCAGGUUAGUGCUUCAACUCUCAGUGGGAUAGAUGCUUUCACAUGGAACCAUGAACCUUAUUUUAGUAGUCCUCUCUUCGACCUGGACGCUAUGCUUCAGUUCCUCUGUUUCCAGUAGCCACUUUUCACUAAGCGCUGCAUCCCUGCAUACCCUCCAGCCCUUCUGUUUGAAUCCUGCACUAACCUAUUGCCGUCUCAGUUCGACAAACGGAUUCUUUUUGCAUCCGGCAGCGACUGCAGAAAUGGCGAGUGCACAUGGUGAAUUGGAGAAGAAGCUACAGGAUCCAAAUGCACCACCAAUGUUUCUUCCACUUGAUUUUUUGCAAGAUAUCACAUGUGACUUCUCCACAGAGUCGAAACUUGGCGAAGGCGGGUAUGGAAUAGUUUACAAGGGAGUUCUCCGGACUGGGAAAAUCAUCGCUGUCAAGAAGCUGUUUGAAAUGCGAUUAAAAGAGGAGACGUUUCAGAAUGAGGUCAGUUAUCUUAUGGGGAUCAAACACCAAAACAUAGUGCAGCUUAAAGGUUACUGCGCUGAGUCAAGAUGGGAAGCAAUUGAGAGACCAAGUGGAAGUGGGAAGCAUGUUUUUGCUGAAAUUCCAAAAAGGUUGCUCUGCUUCGAGUACAUAUCCAACAAAAGCCUCAAGAAACAUAUUUCUGAUGAAUCUUUGGGCCUUGAGUGGAAUAUGAGAUACGACAUAAUCAAGGGGAUUUGCAGUGGCAUGCAUUUCCUUCAUGAUGAAUGCCAUAUCGUUCAUCUGGACCUAAAGCCAGAAAAUAUAUUGAUAGACUCUACCAUGACAGCAAAAAUCGCGGAUUUUGGUUUAUCAAGGAUCUUUGGAGAGCAAGAAUCACAAAUUAUCACGGAUAAUCGUGCUGGAACAUGUGGAUAUAUGGCGCCAGAAUACUUAAUCCGAGGUGUAGUGUCAAACAAGGCAGAUAUCUUCAGUAUGGGUGUCAUAGUUAUAGAGAUAAUUACAGGUCAUAGGGACUAUCCAGAUUUCCAGCAAGAUAAUCCCCACAGUGCUGCAGCAUCACUCCAGCAAUUCACAGAAAAAGUGCACCUUAGCUGGAGGAACAAACUCAUGUCCACACCAGACUAUAAAUCAACAGAAACAUCUGUCCGACAAGUAAGACAAUGUAUUGGUAUAGCGCUUGAAUGUGUGCACCCUAGCAUGGAGAAAAGACCUACUGCAAAGGAUAUACUCGAAAUGCUUAAUGGAUUAGACAAGAUGGUGGCAGACUACGAGCCGCUGUCGGACAUGCAGUGCAAGGACAUGCUGCAGGCCCUGAACACUACUGUGAGUAACGAUCUCACAUCCCAGAACCGGAGUAUAACUAACGACAUGUUAAACAAAGAGACAGAUAGUAAAGUGGUGGCCAAUGCGAAAUCGGUGGAGGGUUUGUUACACACACCUUUGCCAGAAUCAAACAAAAUAAAUGAGAUGGUGAAGUGGUGGGCAGCGAAGGCAUCCUGUAAGCCACAACCAACAAGGGACACAACCAUUGUGGCAAUCCCUACUUUAACACAGAUCAUAUCUAGGGAGGUCCCUAAAGAGCGCAUGAUUUCACUAGACAUAAAUCAGACAGAGUCAUGGAUUGCAACAGGCCACGAAAAUGGAUAUAUUGAUAUAUGUGAUUAUAUCAUGCAGAAAUCAGUGUGUUUGGUUAAAAUCGAAGAUGUUGACGCCCCAGUUGAUAAUAUUAAAUUUAUUGAAAGAAAGCAAUGGUUUAUUGUUGGGUUAGGGGCUGGGAGUGGCAAAAUCUAUGUGUAUAGCUAUAAACCGGAGGUGCAGAAAAUCACGAGUUUUCGUGUUAAGAGAUACUUAAUCGGUAUCGACUCACUGGCCGUUCAUCCAACCCAACCGUAUGUGUUGUCAUCAUGUAGUGGGUACAUACAACUUUGGGACUGGGAUAGGAACUGGGAGUGCGUCAAAAAGUUUGAGAAACUAUCGUAUUUUAACAUGGAAUUGCAACUUGCAUUUAACCCGAAGGACCCCAAUGAAUUUGCUAGUACUUCAAAUGAUAUGACUGUAAAGCUUUGGAAUCUUGAUUCACUCAAGCCUAAAUAUAUUCUGGAUGGUCAUUCAGCCAAAGUGAACUGUGUUGAGUUCUUCACAACUGAUGAUAAUAAGCAGUAUUUGAUUACUGGAUCUAGUGACAAGUUUGCCAUGCAGAUAUGGGACAUGCAGACAAAAGCAUGUGUUCAAAUAUUUGGAGAGUUCAAGUCGUCCGUUAUUUCUGUUGUUUCCCAUCCCAGUCUUCCAGUUUUAAUUAUAGGCACAAGAGAUGGCACUAUUCAUUUGUGGGGCACACAUUUCAGGUACAAGAGACAACUUACCACCGAGGGAGGUGCUAAUGGUCUCACAUGUUUGACGCCGCUAGGAAGAGUUUGUUCUCGAGAGCUAAGGGUUGUGAUGGGAAACGAGUCGGCGCUAUUCACGAUGGAGAUCCUUGACGAAGAGCCGGAUGCUAUUGUGGAAGCUGAAGAAGCAGUUGCUAGCUAGGGCAGCAACAGAAAUCCCCUCAUUUACCCUCAAUAUGAUCUGCGGCCGUUGUGCAUUUGGUUGGAUACAUUAGUGAUAUGGCACACGUUCAUUAAUUAAUCAUACUAUGUAUGUAUCUGCUGCUACUGUACUUCCGACGCCGUGUAAUGCUUCCCCACAGCAGCAGCUAGCGGCUACGCAUGACCCAUGCUAGUUUGCUGCUGCUUCCUUUGAUUUAUAAUUACUAGGGCAUAUGCUCGUGCGUUGCAACUGGAAAUGUAAUUGAUGUGUUUAUCAAAAGAUCCACUAGCAUGGCAUGACAACA